AUGGCUGAAGAGAAUGUCACAGUUGUUACUGAGUUUAUCCUUUUGGGAUUGACAGAUCGUGCUGAACUGAAAAUUGUGCUCUUUCUGCUGUUCCUGGGGAUUUAUGCCAUUACCCUGGUGGGGAACCUGGGCAUGAUCGUUGUAAUCCACAUCACCCCAAAGCUCCACACACCCAUGUACUUUUUCCUCAGCUGCCUUUCAUUUGUUGAUGCCUGCUAUUCAUCAGUUAUUGCACCAAAAAUGCUGGUCAGCUUCUUGGUUGUGAGGGAAACCAUCUCGUUCUCCUCCUGCAUAGUCCAGCAUUUGUGUUUCGGGGUGCUCAUUACCACAGAAGGCUUCUUGUUGUCGGUGAUGGCCUAUGACCGUUAUGUGGCCAUUGUCAAUCCUCUGCUUUAUACUGUAGCCAUGUCUAAGAGAAAGUGUGCAGUGCUGGUCUUUGGGUCAUGCAUCGGUGGCAUGAUUAACUCACUGACACACACAAUUGGCUUAGGCAGACUGUCUUUUUGUGGUCCCAACAUCGUGGGUCAUUUCUUCUGUGAUGUUCCUCCAUUGCUAAAACUGUCAUGUUCUGAUACCUCCAUGAACGAAUUGCUGCUGUUAAUCUUCUCAGGAAUCAUUGCCAUGGCCACCUUCUUGAUUGUGAUCAUUUCCUACAUGUUCAUCGCUGGGGCUAUUCUGAGAAUCCGCUCAGCCUCAGGCAGAAAGAAAGCUUUCUCCACCUGUGCCUCUCACCUGACUGCUGUGACCAUAUUCUAUGGGACCCUAAGUUUUAAUUAUAUCCAGCCAAGCUCCCAGUAUUCCGUAGAACAGGAAAAGGUGGUUUCUGUGUUCUAUACUCUAGUGAUCCCUAUGCUAAACCCACUGAUUUAUAGUCUGAGGAACAAGGAGGUAAAAGAUGCUGUGAAAAGGGCCGCAGAAAUAAAAUAUUUCUCAUGUUAA